GAUAUAUUUGCAACAUGAGAGACAAAAUAAAAAAGAUUUUAAAAUCAAAAUUGGGAAUAAAGUUUGUAAAACUGCAAAUGGUAAGCAUAUAAAAAAAAAAAUGCGGAGUAUUUACAGAGACUGGAGAAAAGAUGCCAAACGAAAAAAGUACGUAGUAAUUAGGUAAGGGCUGAUUGGGCAUACUCAGGCAGGGGAGCAAAUAUGAAUUCUCUAUAUUUUAUUUAGCAGAAUUCAUAUUUGCUCCACUGCCUGUGGAUGCUCAUUUGGCCUCUUAGGAUUAAAAUUACGUGAAUUAGACCACGACUUCAUAUUGUGGCUCUAAUUUUCGUACAUAGCUAGGAUGUCCAUGGAAGGUAGGUAUAAGUGAAGUUUCUGUCAGAUUCACGCUAUUAAAUUCUAAGUUUCCAACGGCAUCGUGUUGGCCUCCUAAACGAUAAGUCGGAGAGAAUAUAAUAUAUAUACUUAUUGAAUUUGUUCUCUGGACAUUCUUAACCCGUGCCAAAGGUCAAUGCCAAACAUGUGGCCUGGCAUGCGUUCGCUCAAGUCACUGAUAAGUGAUAAUGUGUGUUCUUGUGAGAAGCUUUGGUGUAUAUAUUUACCGAUCGCAAAAGAGCAGAAUAUUUAACCAUGAGGAACCUUUAUCCUGACAUGCAGCUUUUUGGAAUAAUAUAUGUAUAUAUAUAUAUAUAUAUAUAUUAAAUUUGCAAAUACAUUUUUAAUACGCUGUCUGUCGUUGGAUUGGACCACCUGUGAUUCCAAGAAGUUCAAUAUUCUGCUUGUCUCCAACUCGUGCAUGAAAUGCGCUUGGCGGCAAUAUUGUCCCCAAUAUUUUGCUUUACAAAAUAACGUGUCCGAUGCCCUUAAAAAAAUCUGUGAAGGACAAGAAAUUACCGUUAACGGAGUUAAACUAGUAACUAGAAAUAGUUUAAUGUUGGUGAAUUCCUGGACGUGGAAUGGGUUUCGAAGCCAAUCGAGAGCAGCUAGCAAGCAGAGAGAGAUUGAUAUGGACAGUGAGGAGAGGAGAGUGCAUAACCGGGGCAGAGCAGAAUCAGAGCAUGCCCUCCGCAAAAGGAAAGCAUUAGAAUAACUUGAGGCUGUGAAAAGGCCAAAGGGACGUGCUGGAAUGUUAAACCCAGAAGAAAAGACCAUAACUUGCUUUGGCGGCAAACAAUCCCAUAUUCUUCCCUCGUGUAUAAAAGUCUCAUGGAAAGGCCUUCCCUUGAACAUAUGAUCACUGCCUUUCUGCCACAUCUCCAGCAUGGCCCAGCCCCUUCAUUAUUUCCUUUUCAUUCUCAUCCUUUUACCUUCCCUCAUGAAAAUUGAUGCUUUCUUAGACGAAAUCCCCUCAGACACCAGAAACCAGCUAGACUUGCAUGCCAUGAUUGCCCAGGUCUGCAUGGACGUUGAAGACCACAACACGUGCCUCGCCAAUAUCCAAAACGACAUUGUCAAGCAUGGGCCUCCAACCCCGUCUUCAGUUGUAACUGCCGCACUCCGAGCCACUCUCAACGAAGCCAUGGGUGCCAUUGACAAGAUCUCCAAGUUCAGCACUUUCUCCAUCAGCUACCGCGAGCAAGUAGCCAUCGAAGAUUGCAAGGAACUCCUUGAUUUCUCUGUGUCGGAGCUGGCCUGGUCGCUAGGCGAGAUGAGGAGAAUUCAUGUAGGCGAUAAAACCGUUGACUAUGAUGCCGACCUUCAAGCCUGGCUGAGUGCAGCGCUCGGCAACCAAGACACCUGUCUCGAGGGCUUCGAAGGCACCGACAGGCGUCUUCAGGGUUACAUCAGUGGAAGCUUGACACAAGUCACGCAGCUAAUAAGUAACGUUUUGGCUCUGUACACCCAAUUGCAUAGCUUACCCUUCAGGCCUCCGGCUAAUAAAACUAGGCUGGCGAGUGAUCAGAGCUCGGAGCAAUUUCCAAAGUGGAUGACAGAGGGUGAUCAAGAGUUGCUGAAAUCUAGGCCACAAGGGGUGCAUGCCGACGCUGUGGUGGCGCUGGAUGGGAGCGGCCAUUACCGUUCCAUUGCAGAAGCUGUUGAUGCGGCUCCAAGCCAGAGCAACCGGAGGUAUAUUAUUUACGUGAAAAAGGGCAUUUAUAAAGAGAACGUGGAUAUGAAGAGGAAGAAGACCAACAUCAUGUUCGUAGGAGAAGGCAUCGGCAAGACCAUCGUCACAGGAAACCGCAAUUUCAUGCAAGGAUGGACCACCUUUCGAACUGCCACCGUUGCUGUAUCGGGGAAGGGAUUUAUAGCAAGGGACAUGACAUUUCGAAACACGGCAGGGCCAGAAAAUCAUCAGGCAGUGGCUCUGCGGGUGGACUCGGACCAAUCAGCGUUCUACAGGUGUAGUAUAGAAGGUCACCAAGACACGUUGUAUGCGCACUCCCUCAGGCAAUUCUAUCGUGAGUGCGAAAUCUAUGGCACCAUAGACUUCAUAUUCGGCAACGGAGCCGCGGUGCUGCAAAACUGCAAGUUAUACACAAGAGUGCCAAUCCCAUUGCAGAAGGUCACGAUAACGGCUCAGGGCAGAAAAAGCCCACACCAAAGCACUGGGUUCAUAAUACAAGACAGCUUCAUUCUCGCCACUCAACCCACCUAUUUAGGUAGGCCGUGGAAGCAGUACUCCAGGACGGUGUACAUGAACACGUACAUGAGUGGGCUCGUGCAACCUAGAGGGUGGCUCGAGUGGGCUGGCAACUUUGCCCUCGGCACCCUGUGGUACGGGGAGUAUAAGAACUAUGGACCUGGUUCGUCGCUUGCCAGAAGGGCCAACUGGCCUGGUUUUCACAUUAUUAAAGAUGCCGCCACCGCCAACUAUUUCACCGUUCAGCACUUCCUUCAUGGCGAUUCAUGGUUGCCCGCCACGGGUAUUAGGUUCACCGCUGGCUUGACCAAUUAAGUACUACCAUUCUUGGUGCCUACUCCUUAUUGCCAAUAUAUGCCACGUCCAAUAAUUACAUCAUUGGAGUGGAGGAUGAUCAUAUUAUUCUAUUUAGUAUAGUCAAUGGUGCUUUGAUUCUCUAGAAUUAUCGGCCCUCUUUUUAUAUUAUUUUUGAGUGGCUUGAGAUGUGAUGUCAAUAUUAAAAAAAGUCUAGGUUGAAAUUUUAUUCAAAUUUUAUAAUAAAAUUCGAUGACUAUGUGAUUUUUGUAAUUCA